CCAGGAACGGGCUGGGUAUUGGUUAGCGGGUGAUGCAGAUGGAUAACUGGACAUCUAAUAUCCAUGUUCAGAAGCCAUGAAUUCCAGAAAAUUACUCUCAGAAGCACAGAGAACAUUUCCUUCUACAAAAGUACACUGCCAGCAGCCAUCGCGGAUUCUCAUUGUGGAUGUCACAUCACCUUCCUGGACCAACACUUGUUCUGUACUCUGUGAAGCUCUGGAAAACACACUCUGCCUGGUGUGCAGUUUGAUAGGCCCCUGCCGUGUUCCCCUGCUGAGCCUCUAUGUGGUGCAGAACCAGCAGGAGUGUCUGCUUCCCUUUACGCAAGUGAAAGAAAACUUUGCACGAAUUCAAGCCUGCAUUUCAGAGCUCCGUUCACUACCAAGAGAUGGCUGUUUCCCACAGAGGGGAAAUGGAGUGGUACAGGCUGUGCAGGAUGGAUUGCAACAGUUCAAACAAUACAGCAAAUACACAGCAGCAGAAGGCUCAACAAAUAGUUCUGUUGAGAUCACCAUUUUGACUAGCCAGUCCAGCAAAGAAAUGGCAAAGCAUCUAGAAAAUAAGUUGAAAGAUGUAGACCUUGUGAGUCUGCGAAGACUACAAGUCAUCGAGGUUUUGAAGAGAGACUUUCUGGAGCCUGAAGAUGUGGAACAGCACAUGCCAGCAGAAGAGCCCAGCAGCAACGACAUUGCAAUCCUAGGAAUGGACAUCGAUGUGCAAACCAUAGAGGACAAUGUCAUCAGCUUGGAGAUGCUGUUUAAAACAUGGCUACAUGACUAUGGCACAGAGAGAGAACACCUCCAUCUCCUCCUUCCGUCGGGAGGCUUCAGCCAUGCCACUGCACCCAAGACCCCCCCAAUGUGCCUGAAGUGCGAUUUGCAGGAGAGGUUGCUCGACCCAGCUCUACUUUCUGGGAUGGUUGAUGGCACCUUGAGAGCAGAUUUGAACUCACCCUGCCAGAUGGCAGCCUGGCCAGCUACAGUACUGUAUAAACUCCGGGUUGUAAAGGCUCUGAAGUCUGAAGGGGUCUGUGAGUCUGUACUGUAUGGCCUGCCCUUCAUCAUCAAGCCCACAAGCUGCUGGCAGCUAGACUGGGAUGAUCUGGAGAUAAAUCAGCACAGCUUCCAUGCUCUAUGUCAUAGUCUUCUGAAAAGGAAGUGGAUGCUUUUGGCUAAACGUGAGCCACAGAACACAAGCCCAAACUGGAACAUCAUGGUGCAUUCCUACUACAUCAUUGUUCCUUCCGACUCUGCCUCUCUACUUGUCAAAGCAGUGGCCAUCAGAGAGCUCUUGCUGCCAUCAACCUUCCCAGCCCUCCUUGGUGAACAUCCUGAGAGUGUGCAUGGCCCUAUAGAGAGUGCCCUGAACAGAUUGGAAGUGGAAGUUGCUUAUAACCCCUUGCACAUAAAAAGCAACCUCUACAAAUACCUGAAAAGCAUGUUGUACAAACCUCUGCACUGGCAGCAGGCCCAGCCCAGGGACCAGCGACCAGAGCGGCAUCAACCCAAGCAGCAUCAGAGCAGAGCCAAAGCCACAGUGGCACCCCUUCUGAUGGCUCCUUCUCCUGUCCAAGUGUUCAGACCAGCAGCAGUGAGGAGAUAUUCCUGUGAGCGCUCCCUGCUCCCCAAAGAGUACGAUGAGUUCCUGCAGUGAACCCCAGUGUAUUGCUUGAGCCUGCUCACAUGUAGUCACGGCUUGGCUUCUUGCGCAGCUGCCAAGCCUUACGCACCAGGCCGGAAGCGGUCAGGCGAGACACUAAGCUCAGCCUUGGUCAGACAGGCACUUCCCGUUGUUUGUUCCUCCAUGUUGUUUUAUGGUUUUGUUAGUCACCAAGUCAGUCUGCAGGAAGCCUGCUGCUCUGGAGCCCUCUGUCCAGAGAUUCAGCUAUCCCUGCAACACCCUGUAUUUCCUAUUUUUGUCAGCCACACAUCACCAGCAUGCCUCAAAUUUUGGUUUCUGAGACUAGGCUCGGACAGGCCACAAACCACAGAUUGCUGUCAGCGGGUACAGAAAAGCUGCAAGCAGGGCAGCGAGGAAGUCAAACAUAAAGUAGGAAGUAAUGUCAAGCUGCCCUCAUCCUGCAGGAGCAGGUUUAGCAGGGCAUUUCAAUAGGCCUUAUAUAUAAAUAAAACAGGGCUUAUGAAUUCAAUCUUAAAGCCCAGAACACUGCCGCACUGAGAGCAGCACUAUCCAUGAUGAUGCCGAUUUGCUUGCUUCUGUAACUGGUUUCACUGUCCAACUCCCCAGCUCAUGAAGGGGUUUGUAACAGUCGUAAUGCCCUGGCUGGCUCCUACACAGUGACAGCUUACCACAGCUGGAACUGCAGCACAGCACCAUUCUCCCAGCCAACUGCUGCUUGGACGCCCCUCUCCUUAUGGCCCAUCUGUGCCUAUGGGGCUGUCUGCAAGACAACAUGGCAAGUACAUUUUGGCAGGGUUCAGGAGAUGGGGUGAGCUGUCCUGGAGCUUUCCAGAGAGCUUCUGCCCAGUGCUUGCACAGGUGCUAGCCUGUUUUUCAAUGCAGACAUAGGACAGUUGCCCCUGGCAGGGAAGGAGCUGAGGGCAGCUCAGCUCAGCUGAAGCAGGGUGGUGUCACUAGGCUAACUGUAUGCCGAGCACUAGCAAGGGUUUGUGUUCUACUUACUGCAUUCUGACAAGCUGUUUCAAAAUAAAGUUAUCCACCAUAAUGUUCACUUACUGUCUGUAGUUUAUAAUGUGUACUGUGUGCAGCAAUCCCAGCACUGACGUGUACUUCCUGAGAAACAGCAGUAGAUGACCAAGGGCACAAUGCAAACACCGUGCUCCCAGGGGAACUGCUACAGCAGGAGAGUGGAGCCAUUGGAGCCACCUCAUUUCCCUGGGAUCCCAGCUCAGUAACAGGCCCUGCUAGCCACCCAGGACAUGGACUUGCUCUUCCCAUGCCUCGGCAACACUCCAUGCUUGGCAUGAGGCUGCAUCUCAGGCAGCUGCUUGGGGUGAGAUGUCCAGGGCAGGUACCUUGAGAACAGGGCAGACACCCCUGCAGACAUGGGGAUAUGGGUUUGUUAGGGUAUGGAAGCUGGUGGCUAACCCCUGCCUGUCUCCAGCAAGCUCAGAACACAGGGAACUGUGGAAGGAGCAGUAGCAAAGGGCAGUAACACAUAUAAACGGCCCAGCCUGGUGCAUGCCAACCAGAAAAUACGCAAGUGACAAAAUCAGGCGGGCUGAGGGAUGUAUAUGUGGCACAACACAACACAACGGUGGAUUAGCUUGACUGAACUGAUGAUGCAGAUGGAAUUUACUUUGGUAACCAUAUAAUAAAUACUAAACUGGGGAACAAAGUCAACAAAACACCUUGCCGAUGGGAAGUGGUAAACAGGGGCUUAUGAUUUAUUGCUGAUAGAAAGAAGCUGCUAAAGGGGAAACUUGAGAAGAAGAAAAAGACUAUGAGGGGAAGCAAAUCACAAAAUCGGGGCAGUUUGGGGGUCCCUGUUGAAAGGCCCUCCACUAGAUCACCACAGUGUGAAGCAGGGCAAUAACUGCACUGUUGCUCUGACCAACUCUUGACAGCCAGAAGGAACUUGGGUGCUUUCCCUAAUGCCAGUGUGAGAAAGGAUAUCCUGGCAGAACAGUUGUCUCAUGUCUGCACCACACUAGGCCCUAAAGGGGAGGCGGUAGCCAUUAUAAAAGAACAUACCUUUCAGAACGAGAAAGAGAAAAAGGUAGCCCCAAGGGGAAGAGGUUGCUUGGCCUGUGAGUAGCUCCCAAGUAAUUUUCUUCUGGUAAAAGCUGCACCUGGCCUAGAUAGACCAAGACUACUUCUUCUGUUGCAUCCCGGCUCUGGCUGCUAAACCUGUACUCUGAUGUGUCUCAGCUAAUCCGGGGCAUGGGCUUUUAGCAGAGAACAGGGAAGCACACAGUCUGUCCUCAUGUGAGGAAGUCUUGAUAUCCAGAGGAUCACCCAAUCCGGCCCAUAGCACCUGUACUGGGCAGAAGCAAACAAAGCUGCUUGUCCAGGACAAUUUCUGCACUGUAAGAAAACAGAGUGAGCAGCCAAGCAUAAGCCAUGCAUCCCCAAGCACCUCAGCAGAGCCUUGUUCAGGACCGGCUGCCAGGAUACCAUUUUCCAAGUACAGAGACUGAACUCUGCCAUGGCACACAACCACAGCGACGUGCCAUGGUUGUGUUUGAGCUGCACCCAGGUGCUUCACUGAUUAAACACAUGGAAAUUAGUUGUAAGGGGACCGUGGAAGUGAGACAAAGGAGAGGAAAAGGAGGAGGGCCACAAAAACGAUCGGGGGGCUGAAGCAGCUCCCCUGUGAGGCCAGGCGGAGAGAGUUGGGGGGGUUCAGCCUGGAAAAGAGAAGGCUCCAGGGAGACCAUCUGGCCACCUUUCAAUACCUAAAGGGGGCUUAUAAGAAGGAUGGGGACAGACUUUUUACCAGGGCCUGUAGUGACAGGCCAAGG